CUUUCAUGUAUUCGUCAUCUGUGAAGUUUGGAGCAUUCAUGAACUUUCUAAAAGUAAAUUUUUUGUUGAUGUUUUCGGAAAUGUUAAAGCGUUUUGCAAUUCCCGGCCACUUGUCGUUCUAUGAACAUAUUAUUGUAUGUUGAGUUUUGAACUCCGUUUUGAGCUCUUUUACCGACCUCUCAAGCAGCCAGCCACUUUACACUUAGCGUGCUGAUAGCGUUUGUUCUAUAUUUGCCUCCUUGUUAUUCCGUCCUGAUUUUCUGCUGUAUGGUUAUUUGCUAAAAAGGUCAUAUUUCAUGCUUUGUGGCAUGCGUUGCAAAAUGUGUAGCUGGUGUUUUAUUCAAAAGUAGAAUUCUAGCGUGGUAUGAUAACUGGGGUCAUGCAAGCGUGUAAUUUAGCCUACCCUUUUGCUCUGCCGGGCUUUUUGUCAGCGUCUUGCUUCGUCUUCUUUUAAGCGCUCUGCUCUAAUUCACGCCAUCUGUGCAUCACCCCCCUCUUCCUAGCCUCCUCCAAAAAGUGCUCUCUCGUUGAUGCGUUUCUCUGCCUGCUCUCACAGCUGAAGGGAUCCAUCUUUUGUCUGUGUAGCUUCUAUCAUUGCGUUUCUCCCCCUUGUCGAUAUGUCUUCCUCCUGAUUUGUCUCCCGCCGUCCUCCAUCGCUAACUUCCACCCUCCCUCUCAUCUCCCACCCUCCCUCUCCUCACUAUCCUUCCAUGCACACUUGAUUCAUUUUACACAUCACGCAGGAUUUCAGCAUAUUCUUCUGUAAAGGGAAUUUCUUUCACUAUUUUCAACUUGUCUCCUUCACUUUUUUGUGUGGAUCCGACCCCCCCUAAAGCUGGGACCACUAUGUUCUAUUUCCAGCUGGUCAUCAUGGCAGGCACCGUUUUGUUGGCGUACUACUUUGAGUACACGGACACCUUCCCCGUGCACAUCCAGGGCUUCUUCUGCUUCGACAAAGCCUACUCCAAGCCAUACCCAGGACCGGAAGACUACAGCAAGGCGCCCCCUGUCCUGGUUUAUUCCCUCGUUACUGCCAUCCCCACUGUGACGAUUCUGAUUGGAGAAGUGACCGGUUUCUUUGUCAAGUCUGAAGGAGCUCAGGAGAAGACCAUCGUGACCGCAGACUGCUGCUAUUUCAACCCUCUUCUCCGGAGGAUCGUACGCUUUCUGGGCGUCUACUCCUUCGGCCUCUUCACAACGACCAUCUUUGCCAACGCGGGUCAAGUGGUAACAGGAAACCAGACACCCCACUUCCUGACUGCCUGCAAGCCCAACUACACAGCUCUGGGGUGCCAGUCCUCACUACAGUACAUCACCGAGCAGCGGGCCUGCACAGGAAACCCUUACAUGGUGGUGUCCGCACGUAAAUCCUUCCCAUCCAAAGACGCGGCACUCAGCUUUUACUCAGCCAUCUACACCGUGAUGUACGUGACCCUGGUGUUCCGUACCAAAGGGACCCGUCUGACCAAGCCAACAUUGUGCCUGGUGCUGCUGUCCCUGGCCGUGCUGGUGGGGGUGGUCAGGGUGACAGAGCACAGGAACCACUGGAGUGACGUCCUGGCUGGGUUUGUCACUGGCGGAGCCAUUGCUGCCUUUUUGGUAUCUUGUGUCAUCAAUAACUUCCGGCCGGCCAAAACGGUGGGGCAGAGCCCCCCUUCGCCUCCAACUACGCAGCCUUUGGAGACCCCGGCCGGUAUUCCUCUGCUGAGUCUGCCCCGUGUUGAGAGUCCACUCGAAAAGCUCCAGGGCUACCGUAUUCUGAGAUCACAUGACCAUCAGCCAAUCCCACGCCCCACCCCUGUGCACCAUCCCCUGCGGCGGUGCCUCACCAGCUCAGUCUAGACCUGCCUGGUGACGGUGGCACCAACCUGCCCUGCCCCGCCCACCAGGGGGGACGGCUUCCUCUCCGUCGGGUGAAGUCCACCCGGGUGUGAAAGUCCAUGCACAGAACUGCAUUGCGAGACAGACUUAUGGCGGACUUCUGUCUUGUUAGACGGGCCUCCAUUUUUGGGUAGAGCAGAGCCGAGGAAAGGCUCAUUAAAAGCCAGCACUGUUGAAGCAAUACAUCGCCGCCUAUUUCCUUGGCCCCCCACAGAGACUCCACAGCAAGUCCUGUUGGCUGCUGAUGGUUUGAUGAAAGCUAUGAAGACUAGUGGAUCACACUCAGGACUAUUUAAUGGAGGGAAAGGGAUGAUUAAAUAUCAAUGCUGGUUCAAGCCAGUACUUUAGUCCAGGGGUGUCCAGAGAAAAAUGAUCAUAAGUACAAUAUUCUUCAUAUUUUCAUUCAUUAAAAUCAAUUCAAAGUGGGUGACCAUGUGCAAAGCUAUUUUUACUGUUACUAUUAUUAUUAUUAUCACAGCAAUUAAACCUUUUUCAGAGCUUUAACAUUCCCAAAAAAAUGACCAAAUUUAAUCAGGUGAUCCGUGUUGGUAGUGGCAGGAUCCUAGAGGCGUCACAAGACACACGAUAUGCGAAAUUGGGUCUACGACAUGAGACAGGAUUUGAACUUUACCUUUAGAAAAAUAUAUGACAAUACACAGUGAUGUGAAAAAAGUGUUUGCCUCUUCCUGAUUUCUUAUUUUUUUUGCAUGUAUGUCACACUAAACAAAAGUGUGUCCCAUUAAAUGUUAAUUAUCUGUUUUCUGAAGUUAAACUGUCAUACAUACACUAUUGGAGGGACCCUUGCCAGGACCCUCUACUGAUUAAAAAUAUUCAUUAUGCCUCCCAAAUGACCGACAUUUUCAAAAAAUGGUUGCAUUCUUAUGUGUUUUUGUUGUUUUUGUCCUAAAUAUAUAAUUUAACAAGAAAACAAAAAAAAUAUAUAUGUAUUCUUUUAAACAGCAAAGAUGGAAAAAAACAAGCAGUAAGUUUGGAAGUAUAAAUUCUAAAUAUUAACAACAAAAGGUUGCAAUUUUAAGUUUAAUGAAAUGUUGUAAUAUUAUUAAAAAAAAACAAAAACAAAACAAAUAAAAUUGCAGUUAUUGGAUAAUUAGUAUGCAGAAAAACUUGAACGUGCAGAAAUGAUAAAAACAGUUGUAAUUUUAUCAGAAUAAAGUCAAAAUGUUAAGAGGAAAAAGUCAUAUUCAAAUAAGAAUAAGUCAUGAUUUUACAAGAAUAAUGUUGCAAUAUUAUGAGAAAAAAUAAUGUCAAUUUACUAGCGUAGAAUUGAAAUAUUAAUGAAAAAAAUUAUGAGAAACAUUUUUUUUUUAGAAAAUUUAAUUGGGCAAAAGUUAUAACAUCAAAAUAUUAUGUGAAUAAAGUUUAAAUAUUACAUUACAUCUGCUGUAAAAGUAAUGCCAAAUUUCAGAAAAAGAACAUCAUACCAACAGUAAAAUAUGGUGGUGGUAGUGUGAUGGUCUGGCGUUGUUUUGUUUUGUUUUGUUCAGAACCUGGAAGACUUGCUGUGAUAAAUGGAACCAUGAUUUCUGCUGUCUACCAAAAAAAAAAAAAAUCCUGAAUGAGAUUGUCCAGCCAUCAGUUUCUGACUUUCUGCAGAAGGACAAUGAUCUAAAACACACCAGCAAGUCCACCUCUGAAUGGCUGUCGAAAAAAAAUGAAGACUUUGGAGUAGUCUAGUCAAACUCCUGACCGGAAUCCUAUUGAGGUGCUGUGGCGUGACCUUAAAGCAGACUAUUAUGCUCAUGUUUUGGCUUGUGGACUCCUAUAGAGCAGCUACAUACAAUAACCUGCACAGAAAACUUUCCAGAUCUUCCAGAAUCUGCAACUUUUCCAGUUGUAUUUCCUUGGAUUUCCAGAAUGUUCUGUUUUAAUUUAUUUAAAAAAAUGAAGAAAUCAUAAAAAAAAAAAAUCAGGAAGGAGGCAAACACUUUUUCACACCACCGUAUAUGACAAUAUAUUACAGUCUUUCAAUUAAUUUCGAUUAUGUUACACACUUCUGCACUCUGUGUGUGUAUGACUGGCGAAAGGGCUCACUCCGUUCAUGCCGUUGUUCUAUGGAACCAAUGUACCAAGGUGUUGAAAUCAAUGCACAGUGACCUCUUCCUGUCUGUUUGGAGGCGGGAGACGAGGAAACCACGAAGCGGCACCUUGGUAUAGUUUAUUAUCGUGGGAAACAUGAAUUCACUAGCAAGAAAUAUCGAUGAGUUGGGACGUCAACACCUUCAAAUUUGUGCUUCACUGAAUUACUAAUUCAUUCAUUUUCUACCGCUUUUCCUCACGAGGGUCGCGGGGGAUGCUGGAGCCUAUCCCAGCUGUCUUCGGGCGUAAGGCGGGGUACACCCUGGACUGGUCGCCAGCCAAUCACAGGGCACAUAUAGACAAACAACCAUUCACACUCACAUUCAUACCUAUGGACAAUUUGGAGUGGCCAAUUAACCUAGCAUGUUUUUGGAAUGUGGGAGGAAACCGGAGUACCCGGAGAAAACCCACGCAUGCACGGGGAGAACAUGCAAACUCCACACAGAGAUGCCCGAGGGUGGGAUUGAACCCUGGUCUCCUAGCUGUGAGGUCUGCGCGCUAACCCCUAGACCACCGUGCCGCCCUGAAUUACUAAUAACUAGUGUUAUUUUCUGGAAAAAAUCAGAUACAGAUGUUUACCGAUAUCAGAGUUUUAUGCUGAUAUGGGGCCAAUUAUCGGUCACUCGAUAUUAUCGGCCUUCUCUAGUAUUAACAUUUUGGGGAUAACAUAACUGCAUAGGAAUUUAACUGAUGGCAUUGUUGGCUUUCCGUUCCUCCUCUCCCUGUGCAAUCAGGCUAUUAUUGCUUUUAUUGACAGAUGAAAAAUUGUUUUUAGGAAGGUGGUAUCAAGUGUUCUUGCUCUUUCCUCUUAUACUAAUAACCAAUAAACACGGUGACUCAAUGAUAAAAUCAUGAUGAACAUUAUUGAUCCCGAUGCCUGCGUAGCCCACAGAUUACGAGGCUGUUAACUUUUGAGAGUUAACUUAUAGAAUAUGUUUUGUGCCCCCAAAAAAAACAAACUCAGGGCUGCAAAUGAGCCCUCACAAGCCACACUUUGGACACCCCUGCUUUAGUCGAAAUGUUCUAAGAAAGGAGUAACGGCACUUAUGCUCUUUGUUUUGGGGGUGGCUUGAUAUCUUCUGGUGCACUGAGUGCAGUGGCAGCAGGGACAACUCCAUAAAUUAUUUUUACUGACAUGAAUACUUGUUGGAGGUCCCGUCCUUGCUUCUCACAUGCUUCACUCUCAUUGGUAACGCCCUGUGCAUCAUAUCACCUAUACAACGACUAAAACCAGAGGCUCAGAACUAGCGUGCACCAACAAAAUGUGUAAGUUUUGUACAGUUAACUAAAGGUUUCUUUACACAAUAUAUGCUAUUAUCAUUAUUAUGAUUGUCGUUAUGUUUAAUGUGAGGGAGAAGUGUUAAACAGACCAUAUCCUGUAUUUCAUUUCAUGUUUCAAGUGUACUAAUUGUGUACUAAUCUACAUGAUGUCAGACAUUACCUUACGUUGCAUUACAUUAACACUGUAUGACGUCAGUCAUGGCAUAUCCAAAAUGAUAAAGUGGAGAAAAAAAAAAUGAACUCCUCCCAUCCAGUGUGGAAGUGGUAAAUAAUUGGCUUUUUAACUUUAGAAGACAUUUUCAAUUUGAGGCUAACUGGUUAGGUCCCUAGCUUGUUAGCGUGCCAGCUAGUGGCCGUCUCGAAUCUUUGCAGCAUAGAAAUUGCAAUGCAUCUAUAAGGGGUGUUAUUUCCUGUCUACAUGGUUCUGAUAGUAUAUUUAGAAAGUCACAAACAGGUUUUCUUUGCUAUAACUACAAAAUAUUCAAUUAUUUUUACAUUGAAUAUGGUUGGAUCUGCAACCAAUUAUACUGUUAUAAAUGAGGGACAGAUGUAUUUUUUUAAACUACACCCGCUUGAAUGGAAUAUUAUAUUAAAAAUUAGCCUUUUCAUGAUUAAGGGUAGGAGUCUAGCUUGUCGGAGUGUGUGUCCAAAAGAACAGGAAGAAAUGAUUACAAAUAUGAUGGUUUUGUACUCUGUACUGUGUGUGUUACUGAGCACAUUGAAUGACAGCACAACUAUUAAUUAUCUGUUUUCUGUUUUCUGUUUUAUCUGAAGUUAAACUGUCAUACAUACACUAUUGGAGGGACCCUUGCCAGGACCCCCUACUGAAUAAAAAUAUUCAUUAUGCCUCCCA